AUGCCUUGUUUCAAAGGCCUUGCGGUCAGCAUCCACACCCCCGAUGGCCCCAUUGCAGAGCACUCCAUCCAGAGGCAGACGCGCGCCAACCGCAUAUCUGCCUACAUACCCGUCCCGCCAGCAAAAGUCCCUCCCGGCGGCGGCAAGCCUGAGCAGUCUACCUUUGCCAUAUCCAUCACCCUUCUGACGCCAGGACUGAACGUGCCAUACUCCACACCCAAACCCACCCCAGACGACCCAUACCCACGACCGAGAAUAGUCGGUGGCCUUCCCGGCUAUGGCAAUGAGCGAGGAAAGUACCAGCCUUCCGUCCCACCAUACAUUCCGCGGACAGCCAAUCCCAACGAGACUAUUGCGGCCUACAUUUACUUUGACGGCCGAGUAAAAGAGGAAGUUGCGACGCUCCUGAGGAGGGGCGAAGAGACGUGGGUGAACUCGCGUUGGGUCAGUGUGCCUGAGUCAGAAGGUGGUGGUCUGGCAGAACGCGAAUUCUUGUUCAGAGAAGUCGGCCUGGAGCGAUGGCUGAACGGGCUCGAUCUUCAAGGCAGCAACAAGGAAAAGGAGGAGCGAAUCGCGCGGCGCCAGCGACGACUGGAGAAGAAGCGCCGGAAACACAAGGAGCAGAGCAUGGACGAUAGCGACAACGAUGCUGGGAAAGAGUCCAAGACUCCUGCGCGAAAUGGCGUGCUCCGAUAUGGUGGAGAGGACGGCUCUCCAGUGGAAGAUCUACCUGCUGAGGACGCCUUGUUCUCCUCCGACUCGGAUUCGGAGGAUGAGCCGCCGCAACCAGAAGCCGCAGGACAGAUCAAGGUGGCUCUCUUUCGAGUUCUGGCAAGCGGCGAGAUCAAGAGAGGAGAAUACUCGCCACAAUUUGACGCGCACGACGACGAUAUGGAAGGUGGCGGUGAUGGCGGCGACGAUGAUGUUGACCAUACCACGAGCUUCGCCAAACCCAAGACACUUGACCCAAAAACUAUCAGCACGCAGACAGUGACUGGUCUGGAUCCACCAGAAUCGCCGUACGCCGUCUUCACAUUCUUCUACCGAGGCGAGAAGCAGCUUAAGAAGAUGGGCAUCGUGAAUGACCCCGAAAAGCAGAAAGCCCAGCAGAGCAGUCGAAGAAAGUCUUCUGGACCAGACUUCUCCAAAUUCGGUCCAUUGAAGUCUGAAGGCACUGUUGGCUUCUCUGGCUAUCGGGAUCCUGCCAAUGGAAAGCGCAAAUCAAAUGCGAAGGACAACGAUGUGGACGCCAUGGACAGCGAUGCCGACGACGAAGACGAGCAAAGACUUCCUGAUGAUCCCGACGAUGAGGGCGAUAUAAAGCAAGAGAACGGCAACACCCACCUGUCUCCAGAAGACGCGAAGCGUACCAAUGAGGUCGCUGAGGGUGUGCAGAAGAUUAAGUCGCCGACCGCUGGUACUCCUCAGUCUGUCAAUUCUGUGGCGGCCAAUGCAGGCACGCCACCUGAAGGCCUUACGCCUUUGCCUGUAGAAAUCAGUGAUGCUGUUGCUAGCCCCUUCAAGCGCCAGCGAGCGAGUCUGCCGGGUGUCAGCGGCAGCCUCUUUACCAGCGAAGCGGGCUUCUUGCCUUCGUCGUCCUUAUCGAACCCAGCGAUCAAGCCGGACGAUAGCCAACGAGCUGCCAGUACACCCGACAUUAAAGCCACAACAGCAGCGAAGCAGGAAGACUCUGAUGAAGAGUUGUAACUGCGGUGCCUCAUCUCAUUGCCAGAGACACGUCUGCCAACACUUGUUGAUCGGUGGUUAAUACUCUGCUUUGGUAGCCAUCCGAACGAUAGCGUCUUCGCGGCGAACAUAGUCGCCAUGUCGAGACCGCAGCCGGCGAUUAUCAUCGCCCUCAAGCAUACUUUCUCGAAGCAAAGCAGCAAAUUCAUUCUCGAUCAAGACAUUUUCCGCGGAUGUGAAUGGCACUAUCGGCGUAUGCCUUGAGGACGAAAAUUGAAUUAGCUCUCACCGGCUCACACGCGCUUGUAUCGCCCUCAUCUUUUUGUGUCAUGUUGCAUGUUAGCGUUGGGCAGGCGGAAGAUCUGACAAGGGGACAAGGGAGAGGUCGUGAAGAAUCAGGAUAAUGGGCGAAGUCGCCAUAGAUCGCGUGCUUGUGCUAUACAUGGAAAGAUGCGAAGGCAUAAGAGGCAGCUUCUUGUAUGCGCAGAGAGCUUGGUGCAGAUGCCGCUCUCCACUGUUUGUAUGUACUACUCACUCCGAAGAGGCGCCUGCUGAUGUGCAGAUGAAUUAAAUGGAAAAUGUCGCAUCGACAG